ACCUGUGUUCGUCUUCCUCAUUCCUCCAUCACCCACCCUCUGACGGAGUAAUUAUGGAAAAUAUUGCCGAUUUCACUUCUCCCAAGAGGAAAAGGGGAGUGAAUUGGAAAGACUGCCACACUCUGCACAUAGUAGAGCAAGUUGGGUUAAGGAAGAACAUACUGAGGGGCAAAUUCAGCCCUUCUUUAACAUACAACGACAAGCGGGCAGCGUGGGAGGAGGUGACGGACAGCCUCAAUUCUACGUUUGGGCUCAGCCGCAGACACGCAGAAGUCGAGAAGAAGUGGCAGAAUACCAAGACCACUUCCAUUCAACGGCUUUCUGCUAUGAGGGAAGCCCAAAGAAAGACAGGUGGUGGCUCAGUGGUGGAUACCUCGCUGUGUGACAUCACAGAGGCAGUCCUCCGAGUCAUCGGGGAGGACAGCAGUACAGCGAGGGGUAUAUCCAAAGGGAUAUCCCAAAAUGACACAGCCCUCAUGGAAGCAGACUUGGAUGAUGAUGCCUCCAGCACCAGCAAGGUGGGUCGUCUUGAGCCACCUCCAACUGGAAUGGAACCCAGCCCGGCCAGUGGGGAUGUAAUGACGAGGGUAACUCAGCUUGUCCUGAAACCAUCUGCACCUCCUCCACCUCCUCCACCUCCUGCACCUCCUGUGCUCAAUAGCGCUCUGAAUUCUGAUAACCACAGAGUGGCUAUAGCCUACGAGGAGGCACUGGCAGCAUACAAGCGAAUGAGCGCUGCAUACAUUCAAUCAUUAGAAAACCAAAGUAAGAGGUAUAGGAAAAAUAGCAUCAUUGAGAGUAUAUUUAUAUAUAUUUAUUCUUACUUUUCCCCCACAGCUUAUCCUAUGUUUAUAGUGAAGUGGUGAUCAUAGUAAAUACUAAACACAUUUCAAUUCAGAAUAACAAAAUUAUAACGUACACCACAAAAUUGCAGUAAACGUGGAAAUAUUAAUUUACUCAUAAUGCAAUGCUUCGUAUUAAGUCAUGCUUGGUACCUGCACCCCACUUUACAGCUUGAUUAAUCUCUGCACCACAUAUAUGUGCUUCUUGCUGUGUCCUGCUUAAUCAUUUUACAAAGGCGUCAUAUGGACUGAAGUUUUGUUUUCUUUCCAGACAGAGGUCCAUGGCAGCCUAAUAAAUAAAUACAAUUGUGAAUUUGGU